AUGGUUGGGGUGAAGUCUGCCACAGACGUCGUGGCAAGCUCGCAGGCUUCCUUCUUGCAGCUGACACAGCGGGAGGCUAUCACCAAGGACCUGCAGCGAAUCCUGGCGAGGCAUUCCAGCGACCUCAGCUCUGCGACCAGCGGGGAGCUCGCAAGCUUCCUGCAGGACCCCAGCACAGGCAACGUCCAGGGGGUGCUACAGGGCCUCGCGGCCGACUUUGAGGGAGACCUCAAAGAGCUGCAGGAAGAGGAGAAGACCAACAAGGCGGAGUACGAGAUGCUCAUCGCGGCAGACGGCUGA